AUGCCUGACAAGAUCCUCGACGACAUUUCCCAUCGUCGGUACAACCCGCUCAAGGGCACCUGGCUGCUGGUCUCCCCUCACAGGACCAAGCGCCCCUGGCAAGGUCAACAAGAGGCGCCCACUUGCUACCUCUGCCCCCGCAACUCGCGCGCUGUUGGCGACGCGAACCCUGACUACAAGAACACCUUCGUCUUCGUCAACGACUACAGCGCCGUCAAGGAGGACCAGGCCGAGUACAAGCCCGAGGAAGGCAGCGAUGACCUCGCCGCAUCCCUCCUCAAGGCUGAGGCUGCCACCGGCAAAUGCUACGUCCUCACUUUCUCCGAGAAGCACCAUGUUACCCUCGCAGAUAUGACGACCGAAGAGAUCGCCCCCGUCAUCGACGUCUGGACGAACAUCUACGCCUCCCACCUCUCCCCCGCGAACCCCCUCUCCAAGGUCGCCGCCGCUCUCCAGCUGCCCCCUCCGACCCCCGCGAGCACUGUGCCUGCGCCCCGCGACCAGCUGCGCUUCAUGCAAAUUUUCGAGAACAAGGGCGCUGCUAUGGGAUGCUCGAACCCGCACCCUCACUGCCAGAUCUGGACCACCUCCACCAUGCCGGAGGAGCCCGGUACUGAGCUUGUGCAGAUGGCCAAGUACCGCAGCGAGCACGCUGGGCGCCACCUGCUGGGCGACUACGUCAAGGUCGAGAUGGAGAAGAAGGGGCGCACGGUCUUUGAGAACGAUGCUUUCAUUGUGGUGUGUCCCUGGUGGGCUGUUUGGCCAUUUGAGGUCAUGAUUCUGCCCAAGAGGCAUGUUCGCGCGCUUGUGGAUUUGAGCGCAGAGGAGAGAGUCCUGUUUGCCGAGUCAAUCCAGGAGGUCGCAAGGAGAUACGACAACCUCUUUGAGACACAUUUCCCUUACAGCUCCGGUAUCCACCAGGCACCCCUCGAUGCCACCGAAGAAGAGGCCGAGAACAGCUACCUCCACAUGCACUUCUACCCACCUCUCCUUCGCUCUGCGACUGUCCGCAAGUUCCUUGUCGGUUACGAGCUCAUGGCCGAACCGCAGCGAGACAUUACUCCCGAGCAGGCCGCAGCCAAGCUUAGAGACAUGGGUGGACAGCUGUAUCGCAAGUCAAUUUAG